AUGGGGUGUGUAGCCUCGCGACCGUCGUCGACGACAAUGGACGAAAAGCGUGCGUUGCUGGAUGCGUACGCGUCCGAGGUGCGAGUGACAGACACGACGGAGCGCUUGGCCUCGCUGCGGGCGUGUAUGAAGACGUGUGGGGUCGACGCGUACGUGAUCGGGACCGAGGAUGCGCAUGGGUCGGAGUAUGCGGCGGAGUGUGAUCGCCGCUUGCGCUUUGUGUCUGGGUUUACCGGGAGCACAGCGACGGUGGUGGUCUUACGUGACAGUGCGCACUUUUUCACCGAUGGACGGUAUCAUGUCCAAGCGCAGCAGCAGUUGGAUCCGAAUUGGACGCUGCACAAAGUCGGCGCGGCGGAUGUGAAAGAUUGGCCGGCCUGGCUGCAUACGCUGCCGAAGGGGUCGUAUAUCGGUAUGGAUGCGACGUUGGUCCCGCAUGUGGAAGCCAAGGCGCUGAAGACGUCGCUCCAGGCGCAGGGUCUUCAUUUGGCGUUCCCCGAUGUGAACUUGGUCGACGAUGUAUGGGGCGCAGAUCGACCUGCGCCAACGCGGGCGCCGAUCUACGAGCAUGAUAUGCGGUUCGCUGGCGUCGAAGCCACGGAGAAGUUGUCGGCGCUGCGUGCGUGGCUAGCCGACCAAGGCCGCGGCGAGGCUGCGUACAUUGUCUCGGCGCUGGACGAAGUGGCAUGGCUGCUCAACCUACGUGGCGCCUCGAUUCCAUGCAACCCUGUGUUCCCUGCGUAUGUCGCGGUGACGCAAGACGAUGUGGCGCUCUUCGUGGACGAGCGUCUGCUCUCUCGGCAUGUGCGUAUCUACUUGGCCGGCAUGCGAGUGACGCUGCACAAGUACGAGUACAUUUGGCGGUGGCUGCGUGAUACGCCGCUGCCUACGAUCUAUGUCCAUGCGCGUGCCUCGCAUGCCCUGGUACAGGCAGGCGGCGCGAAUCGCACAAAGAUCCUGAGUGCGGCGAGUCCCUUGGCGCUCGCGAAGGCGUGCAAGAACCAGGUGGAGAUUGAAGGGAUGCGGCAGGCGUACCGCCGCGACGGUGCGGCAUGGGUGCGUUGGGCCGCGUGGCUCGACGAGCAAGUGAAGGCGGGUCGUUCGAUUUCGGAGCGCGAGGCGGCCGACGCGUUGGCACGGCGCCGCGCGAGUGAUCCGCUGUAUGCGGGCAUGCAGGCGUACGAUGCCAUUAGUGCGACGGGCGAGAAUGCGGCGUUGCCGCACUACGAGACGCCUGCGGCACAGGCGCCGAUCCUUGACCGUACGACGCCGUACCUGAACGAUUCAGGGCCGCAGUACCAUGACGGUACGAUCGAUACCACACGCACGAAACGCGCUUACACGCGUGUAUUGCAAGGCCACAUAGCCCUGGCGAUGGCCAAGUUCCCCGCGGGCACGACGGGUGCGCAGCUGGAUAUGCUAGCGCGGCAGCCGCUGUUCCAGGAUGGGUACAACUACCUGCAUGGCACAGGGCAUGGGAUCGGCGCGUUUUUGAACGUGCAUGAAGGGCCGCAUGGGUUCUCCUCGUCGUCCGGCGGCGCGUCGACGCCCGUCGUGCUGGCGCCGGGGAUGAUGCUGAGCAACGAGGUAGGUUGUGCGACCUUCUUACCGCAGCCGGGCUACUAUGAAGAGGGCCAUUUUGGUGUGCGCAUUGAGUCGGUCUUGCUCGUGAGGGAGGCCAAGACACACCGCGCGUUUGGCGGCGUGCCGUGGCUCGAGUUCGAGACGAUGACACGUGUGCCGAUCGCGACGAAUAUGGUGGACAUGUCGCUACUUAGUGCUACAGAAAAGGCAUGGCUCAAUGCGUACAAUGCACAGUGCGCUGCAGAGCUUAUGCCGUUGAUCCAGGGCGACCGCCGCGCGGCGAAGAUGCUCCGCCAUCCAUAG